AUGUACGCACCUCCAUCCCAAGUCGUCAGCCCCAAAGCUAACCUCCCCCAGAUCGUAGACGCAUCCGGCCAACUCCAAUAUAUCCCAUUCCCAAUCUGCAAUGAAACCGGACGCCCGCUCGAACUCGCCUUUGGCAUCGAACGCGACCUCAACUGCACCAUCGACUUCGUCUCCGACUCCUUCUUCCACCUCCUCGAAUUCUACAUCCAUAACGACGCCCCGCUCUCCUGCCGAAUCCCCUCUCGCCCUCUCCCUCCCAGCGUGCUCGAGCGCGAAUACCGCGUCUCCGACGAAUCAACCCAAGAAGGCGCGCUCGGCACCCAGAGUAGUCUAUACACGCCGCUCGUCGUCGCGCUCUCGGGCACACUGCAACUUAGCCAUUUACACGUCGGCAAUAGCAUCAAUCUGCUCGUCCACGCCGCGCCCAAGAGCGUGAGUCCCGGUGUGGUAGACGCCGCGACCGCAUACUCUAUCGCGUCGCACACGCGCAACACGAAGAUCACCAUCGGCGACAGUCUGCCCUUGUCCUUUAGCGUGCGCUGGUAUCCCAGCACCACGCUGCCGCCGGGCUGGAGCGGGUAUGGCGGGCAUAUUUACACGAGCACGCUGCUUUAUUGCCUGCUGAGUGCGGGCGCGAGCGCGGCGGUUUGCGUGGCGUAUUUCCGCGGCGUGGAUCUUCCCAGGCGCUUGAAGAGGUAUACGACUGAGCGCAUGAAUGGGGGUGGGCGGUUUGGAGGCGGUGGCGGAUAUGGGUUACCGACGAGUGUGCCGCAGAGAGGCGGUGGUGGGUAUGGGAUCGGGGGGUAUGGAUAUGGGGGUGGGGGAACGGGAAAGAGGUUGGAUUGAGGGGAGAGUAUAUGGACAGGAUGCGGUAGAUAUGGAGACUUGUGCGAGUAUAGCGAUGGUUCUUGUAUAUGAUUGACGUACGCAUAUAAAAGCAUUGGUAGAUAAUUAGAAGC